AUGGCAAGCACGUCUUUCCGUUUGGUAAAGAAAUUCUUCGCCAACUCGCUGUUUUGGGUGCAUAAAUACGUCAGUGAUCGAACCGGAUUGACGGUAACAAUUGCAGACGUUGGUGGACCUCUAGUUUGCGGAUUUUUCUCAACAGAAGCGAAGGACGACGACGGCCUGCCACAUACGUUGGAGCAUUUAGUGUUCAUGGGAAGUAGAAAUUAUCCUUACAAGGGUAUUCUGGACAUACUGGCCAAUCGCUGUCUGGCUUCUGGAACAAAUGCAUGGACGGAACAGAAUCAUACAUGCUAUACGCUUUCCACAGCAGGAUCCCGCGGAUUUUUGAUCCUUUUACCUUUGUACUUGGAUCACAUUCUCUUUCCAAUGAUCACGUCGUCGCAGUUUAUUACUGAAGUUCAUCACGUUACUGGAAGUGGCGAAGACGGUGGCGUCGUUUAUUGCGAAAUGCAAGAACAUGAAGGAAACAUGUCGGAAAUGACCUACCGCAUGCUACAACAGAAGUUCUUCGACGAAGGUUGUGGCUACCGCUACGAAACGGGUGGCAGACUAAGCAACCUUCGGGAUUCAACGUCGUUACAACAUGUUCGGGAAUACCAUCAGAAGUUCUAUCUGCCAGAAAACAUCGACGUCAUUAUCAGCGGGACAAUUAGCCACCAAAAAAUUUUCGAGGCUUUACAGCCGGUAGAAGACGAAAUCGUUAAGAACGAUCUCCAGAACAAAAUCUUUGAGCGACCUUGGUCAGUUUCUUCUUUGCCUCCUUUAGAAGCCAGUUUUACGGGAAGGAUCUUAUGUCCGUCCGAAAACGAAACGCAUGGUAUUGUACGAAUAGCUUUUCGUGGUCCUGACUUACAGAAUUUCCAUAACUCUGUGGCGCUCGAGAUUCUCCUCAUGUACCUCAGUGACUCUCCGGUGUCACCGUUGCAGCGCGAGUUUGUGCAGGUGCCAUCGCCAUUUUGCAGUAAGGUGAAGUGCAAGUUACUUCCAGCACAACUGUUCACAUUUAAAGAAGUGUUUGUCACGAAGCUAGACCUAAUCGAACCGCACUUCCUUGAUGUGAUUCGUAAUCUUGCGACCGGUACGGAACCCUUGGACAUGCAACGAAUGAACAGCAUCGUCGUUCGUACGAUUUCCCGAUCCUUUUGUUGCGUAAACGAAUAUUUCAACUCAUUUCUUUUUUUUUUCGAAACUCGCCUGAACUAUAUGGACAUUCUAUCGAAGCUGCGGGACCGGCCACCGGUGUUUUGGUUGACGUUACUGAAAGAAUACUUGUUUGAACAACCGUACGUGAUUGGCGAGCCGUGUUUAUCACUCGUUAGGCAAAACUGUGAAGGUGAAGUUCGACGAAUUCGAAAGCGGAUGAUGAGACUUGGUGUGGAAGGACUGGAACGCUGUGGCUUAGCACUCGAAAAUGCUAUAGAAGAAAAUGAGAAAGCGGUGCCUCCAGAUGAUCUGUUAAUGCGUUGCGUUGUCAACUCUUUGGACGACAUAAAGUUUUUCACAGUCGUUUCCAGCACAAACACUUCCCCCGAGCUCGACGUCAUUGCUAAGCUGCCUCUCAACCACUUGCCGUUCUCUGUAUUUUUCGACGACUGCCAAACCAACUUCGUUUACGUAAAUACUGUAUUCUUGAACGCCAAGUCCGACCACAACGCACGCUUUGAAGACACGUAUCCCGUCAGCUGGCCGACCAUUAUACAUAUGCGCCUUUUCCGUUGCAGAGCUGCGAUUCACCUGCAGACAGAACCGACGUUCGUGAAGCCGGUUAGCGUGCUUGGUCGCAGCGGCAUUUUGGCCCUUGGUUCAUGCGAAUCAGCGUUUCUCUAUCACACGUCCGUCAUAGACAUCGACUAUCACUCGACUGACCUGCCUUCCUUAGAAGUCCUCAUUCAAUACUUGUGCCAAACCGAGGGUCCACUUUGGAAGGCAGUCCGAGGCCAUGGUUUAGCCUACGGGGCAGAGAUAUGCCUAACGGUCGAAACGAAGACCAUGCAGCUUAUCUUGCACCGAUCGUCGCAACCGGCCGAGGCUUUCGAGCGAGCACUGCUUCUUGUGUCUGAGGUGGCCAAUGGAUCGCAUAAAAUCGACGUGGAGUCGUUCGAGGCGGCUAAAAGAAGCCUCAUAUUGGAGAAAGUAAACUUAGAAGCAGUUGUAAACGAUGCAGUCUUGCAGAGCUUGCUUUCGCAUUUUCGUGACGUUCCGCCGGACUUUAACAGGUUUGUGUUUUUUUAA